ACCCCAUGAUAGCCUUCUGAGAGACGAAACGGCCCCGUCCUUCUACCAGCAACUCGUCGGUGAUUGUGCCACGUGCCCUUCGACAACAUGCGUGCCCGUCGGCUUUCAUUUGGUGAGAGCCCAAGCGGAUCAGCGGCAAAGCCAUUGGCAAAGACAUUGUUGCCUCACACGGGUUCUGAUUCCAAAUGCUCUUCUUCAUGUGCAAGGAAAAGGUAGAGAGGAAGCCCCGUCAGGGUUCCCCAGGCUGCUGUCAAUGAACCAGAGUGGUCUGCUGGGAGUUGCGGCUCCUCCAGUCGAGGCCCGAGCCAUGAAUGCAGCCCCAUAGCAAAGAGCGUGGUGAGCACGGUUUCCGGGCUACAGUCCGAUCUCCGGUGAUUGUCAGAUGCAAUAUCGCGGCAUGAUGCGGUGGUGUCGGAGAUAAGAGACGCAAUCUAGCUUCUCAUGGAUAGGAGGUCUCCGCCGCCAUUUGUGGUGCCAGCUGGAGGGCAAUGCACGAGUUGCAGACGCGAUCGACGCAACUCCUGCCCCAAGGUCUCCAACAAGAAGGAGAAGAAGAAACAGGUUAUUAAAAACAGUGGUGGCAGCAAACCAUCCAGAGCAACGAAGCCAUUGCGGAGUCCCAUCGUGGAUACCACCUUCACCGUCGACCACAUCCCUUUCAUCACCAAGAGGUCAAAAAUGGCUAUGGAGAAACCUUACCCAUUUGCUAAUGAGACCCGAUCCCUCCGUAUCCCGGAGGUGGUUGAUCUUACCACCGACGACCAGACGGAGAAGAUCCCAUGGCAAAUUCAUGCAAAUCAUGAAUUUGAGACAGGCGUCCCAUCUGCCAGGCGAAGGAGCGUUCUCGCAGGCAAGGAACCUGCUGCUGUCGUUAACAUAGGCAAACUAGUGAGUAUGACAGUGCAGGACAUUCCAAAGUCUAUGAACCUGGUGUUCCGCCCGACCGAUGACAUGAAUCUGUCCGGAGUGGAGUUGGUCGUCGCGACGUAUAUCUUCAUGCGACAUCUUCCGGAGAGACAUCGGGGACUGCUAUGCCACUCGGGGAGCGCUCAUGACUCUGGCACCGAAGAUGGAGGUUGUGGACGAUGUGAGCACCAAUUCCUUAACUCGUUGCCCAGUCCUGUGACAUCCCCGUUAUCUCAGAUACUGCCAAUAUUCCAUUAAAUCGGUGUAUAUGUGUUGGUGUGGUUGCAGGUGCUGAACACGGUGGUCUGCAUGCUCACACUAGCAUCGAAUACAAAUGCUUGGUUCCUGCCAAUGACAAUCAUGGUAAGAAUAGUUAGACAUUUAUGGUAGAAGCAUGAAUUAAAUUAUUUAGUGUACUUUCUCUAUUUAGGGAUUAAUUCAGAUUUCCAAUGCUUUGCUGCGCCCUCUGUGAACUGAUACAUCGG